GCGACCAAACAUUUGGCUCAGAGCUGUCAAUGGUACAGCCGGGGGCAGCUCACAAGGGGCCUAGUCUCCGCCUGGCCUUCAGUGCGGCUGAUUUUAGUCAUCGCCAUGUCUUUCGUGAAAGCUGCUGAACGACCUGAAGGGAACAUGGCCAUGGUGGACCCUUCACACUUGGAGAGGUUGGAGAAGUUGGAGGAG